ACUAACCCCAGCAUUCCCUCAUCCCGGAAGCGCGCGGGACGGCUGAUUGGCCAGGCGGUACCACGUGACAAGGCCGGGCAGCUAAGUGCUUGUGUGUGGGGCAGAGAGGGCGGCUGGUUUCAUGCAGUUUGGCCAUGGCGCUGCCCAGAGGGAGGUUGUGUGCGCUGCUGCGGGGGAGACUGGGCCGAACCGGGCCCCGGGGAACCAACACAAGGUCCUGCGCCUCCGGGGUCCCAGCUCUGGAACUCACUGCUCCCGCUCAGGGCGUGUCUGUAACCGAAAGGAAGAGGUUCAUGAAGGAGCAUCCUGUGCCUUUCUCUGCUUUCCUUACUGAUAGCUUUGGUCGGCAGCACAACUACCUUCGAAUCUCUGUUACAGAGAAAUGUAACCUCAGAUGUCAGUACUGUAUGCCGGAAGAAGGAGUCAAGCUGACGCCCAAAUCUGAGCUGCUCACCACUCAGGAGAUUGUUACAUUGGCUAAACUGUUUGUCCGUGAGGGGGUGGAUAAAAUCCGUCUGACUGGGGGGGAGCCACUGAUUCGGCCGGAUGUAGUGGAUAUUGUAGCGCAGCUCCGGAAACUGGAAGGUCUCAAGACGAUUGCACUGACGACAAAUGGGAUCAACUUGACACGACAGCUUCCAAAACUGAAAGACGCCGGACUGGACGUUUUAAAUAUCAGCCUGGAUACCCUCGUACCGCCCAAAUUUGAAUUUAUUGUGCGCAGGAAAGGUUUUCACAAAGUGAUGGAAGGAAUCAAUAAAGCCAUAGACCUGGGAUACAAUCCUGUUAAGGUCAACUGUGUGGUUAUGAGAGGCCUAAAUGAGGACGAACUCUUAGAUUUUGUGGAACUCACAGAGAAGCAGCCUUUGGAGGUCCGAUUUAUAGAGUAUAUGCCAUUCGAUGGCAAUAAGUGGAACUUCAAGAAAAUGGUGAGUUAUCAAGAGAUGUUGGACACCAUCCGCCAAAGGUGGCCUGAACUGGAAACCCUUCCAGCAGAAGCAUCUAGCACAUCUAAGAAUUACAAGGUGCCACAUUUUGAAGGCCAGAUUGGGUUCAUUACAUCGAUGUCUGAGCACUUCUGCGGCUCGUGCAACAGGCUGCGACUCACAGCCGAUGGGAACCUAAAGGUGUGCCUGUUUGGAAAUUCGGAAGUGUCCCUGAGGGACUGUCUACGCUCAGAAGUCAGCGAGGAAGAGCUGAUACAGAUCAUAGGUGCUGCUGUGGGGAGGAAGAAGAAGCAGCAUGCAGUUGGUGGAUCAAGACCUUUGGAGCUAUUUCGGGACACCCCGACAAAUGUUCAGCAUUUAAGAGGACAAAUUAAAAAAGAGAGCGCAGACACUGCAAAUUGGACAGCAGUGUCGAGUAUCCAAACGCCACCCUCAUGUAGACGUAGGGGCAGUAAUCAGGUGCCACUUUCAUUAUUGAGCAUCAAACGGACAAAUUGUAAGGUGCUUCCGCAGCGACAUUAUUGCAGCCAGCGGGGGGACGUCACCCCACAAUCGAUGUGCCUUAAUACAGAUGUGUCUUCCGAUAAACUGUACCAUGUGAGUUUUGCCUGCGACCAAACAGAAAUGCACAGAGACUCCCCUUCAUUGACCCACGUUGAUACCCAAGGGAAGGUGAUGAUGGUAGAUGUGGGAGAUAAGUCUGACACAACUCGUACGGCAGUUGCUUCAGCAGUGGUCCGGCUGGGUCCAAAAGUCUUCCACUUGGUAAAGGCCAAUCAGUUAAAGAAAGGGGACGUGCUGACAGUAGCACAGAUCGCCGGCAUUCAGGGGGCCAAGCUGACCGGCCAGCUGAUACCGCUGUGCCACAACAUCCCCUUAAAUCAAGUCGUCAUCUCAUUAAAACUGGACGAGUCUCGAUUUGCCGUGGUGAUUGAGGCCAAGUGCCGCACCAGCGGUAAAACCGGAGUGGAGAUGGAAGCCCUGAUGGCUGCCAGUGUGUCGGCUCUGACGGUGUACGACAUGUGCAAGGCGGUUACUCACGACAUUGUGAUUGAGGAGGUGAAGCUUGUGAGCAAGACGGGAGGCCGGAGGGGGGAUUUCCAGAGGGCAGAAGACGAGGUCGGCCAUUGCUGUUAAUGUAGCGCCUGGAUCCCUACUCUCAGGGGCAACUGUAUUACCACUUGCCGAUGAAGGGUUUAGGGUCAUGAUAUAUACAGUAUUUUGUAGCAAUUAGUCUAAAGCAAAUGGCCUUGCUAAGUUGUCUUGAAAACCCCUCGAAACUCAGAACUGCAAGUGCAGUUGCUUUACACUUAUCGCUACUAGAGACCGUGUUGUUGGACCCAGUGAUCAACCACUUGUUCAAUGCAGAGGCCUGCUUUAUGUAGCCCUGUAUACAACAGCCCUAUACAGCCUAUAGCAUAGACUCAGGGAAUCUGAAGGGAAGUAUCUCGUAUGUCUCUGAUGUAAAAAUUCUUUCAUUCUAAAAACAUCCGCCCGACUCGCCACUCUGUUGGCACAAGACUAUCACCAGCAUGCCAGCCUGUGCAUCUACCCCAGCCCUUUUAUCUUUCUCCUGCUUGCGAUGUAGCUGCCCAGCAGGUGUAUCCUACAGGUUUCUCCUCCACCUGAUGGGGGCGCUGUGCUAUGUGGCUGAACUUUUUUCCUAAAUCUCAAUGAGACUCAACACUAAUGUUACUUGCCUUUCCAAUUUCUUAAUACCCUACAAAAGAAUGCUUUUAUUUCUGUAUGGAAUCCAGGGAAUAAUGUGCCAUAGGGAAGUUUCUAUUGACUACCCUAAGUUUCCAUGCAAUAUUUUAUUUGGGUCAUUUACUAUGGCUCUGGCCAGACCUUCUAGAGCACACACUUUAGUUCUUAUUCAAAGAGCAGAGAGCCGCAUCGCCAGACACAAUCCAACCUUGUCCUUACUGCUUGAUAGACUGUAAGUAUUGGGACUUUUGUCCAAUUUGCUCCCUAACUGAUACAUCUGAAUCAUGAGCAAGUUAUGGGAUGAGACUGAAGAUGCCUACUACCCAUGGGUUGGGUGGGUCCAGAUUGAAACAUGGGCAGCACAUAUAAUUUCAUUUGUGCACUGCGGCCUAGCUCCAGGCAGCUAGCAUCGUCCUUGGUGGAGUAAUUCUUAAACUUGCCCACUUCUUACAUCAUCUCAGAUGUCAGCUAAGGAUGCAGGCUCAGGUCUUUAUGUCCAAUGUUCCCUCUAAUCUGUGCGCACGCACACAUUUUGAGGCCAUCGCACUAGUGAAAUAUAGGUAGGCCCAAUACCCACGGGUCGGGCAGGUUCAGCCGACCCUGCACCUCCAUUUGCGGGUGAGGUCUUCUUCCUGCUCUCCCUGCCCGCCACCCAGAACGGCCGGCUUCCGACUUCCUGCUUGUUUUUUUAAAGACACGUGCCUCCUGCCCCACCCCUUUUGUGACGUCAUCUGCACGGGCCUGACUAUGGAAGCAGGAAGUCGGGCGGGUUAGGUGUGGGUCGGACAUCACUACAGCACACACAACAAUUUGUGUUAAAGGGGAACUAUCGUGAAAAUGAAAAUUUGAAUAUAAGCUUCAUCAUACUGAAAUAAACUUUCUAAAUAUAAUCAAUUAAAUAUUCUGCAUUGUCAAGUUUAUAUUCACUAUUCCUCUCUCAGCAUCUGUUAGAUCCAAUAUAUCUUUCCUAGCAGGUGAAUUGGAGCUCACUCAAAUAACUGAUUCCUGUACAAACAAAAUCUAACAAAAUAACUCCCUUUUGCACAAAUCCUGCAUGUAGAGAGACAGGAUUUCUGGUGAUUUUAAUAGAAUGAGCUCUAAUACAUCUUCUAGGAAAAAAGGAGCCCCCCCUAUAUGAUAUAUUGGAUCUAACUUCAAUGAUUAUCUGACACCCAACUCCUGCCUGAAGACAAUGAAGAGAAACCGAUGCGGAGAUACAGAUAGUGAGAUAUAUGUAUUUCAGAAACGGUACAGAUUUUUUUAAUAGAUUAUAUUUAGAAUUUUUCUUAUUUCAGUAUGAGGUAGCUUAUAUUCAUUUUCACGAUAGUUCAGAAUAAAUUUUGCCUUUAUUUUGACCUACGCACACAGCUUUUAAAAAUGCCCACACAACUUUUUUGCGCACAAAAACAACGUUCCCUCUCAUUCCUUCUUGGCUAUGUCCCUUCCUAACUUUGGGUUUAGGUUGAGAAGGGGCGGGUUGAAAAUGCAUGAUACGUCUGUGCCCCAUGUCACCCAUGAAUCCAGCACUGAUGAUCGCAGGCAACUCUGUAUUCAUUGGGCUCACGCUGGACCUGCAGCAAUUCUACAAUGUGUAGAUUGCAAAGAACAUUGCACCCAUGUUUUGCAUGUUAAGCCGUGCCCAGCACAUAAUAAUGACUCCUUAUAUCUUAAAGAAACAAGUGAGGCCUCAUUUACACCGCUGCUGUAUAUGUGAGUCCCAUUAAACCAGUUAUUUUGAGGUGUACCAUAGCUAUGGAGUGCCGGUGCAGGUGAGAAUUUACAUUAGCACCACUCGAAUCCCUGUCUCAGGCUGAUUGGUAGGACUUCCGAGUGGCUCCAAGUCCUCGUAUGAUAAUAGUUGGACGUUUUAACUGCCCUCGAAUAUGAAGCAGAGAUGCGUGAGAGGCCAGUAUGUAUCUAUAAGUUACAGGGUUAAGAGCAAUGUGUAGAUCCCCCUGCGUCUCUCUCUCACUGCUCUGUCAGAGACCCGCCGAGCUGUCACUCACAGAGAGAGGAAUCUCUAAAUAUUUAGUUAAAUGGGACGUAUAAAAUCAACAGUGUUCCAUGGUUUCCCGCUGCGCUUGACCUCCAUGGCUUUAACCCUGUCUGCAUUGCGGGGGCUGCAACACCAUCCGCAUGAGUUUGUAUGUUCUAUUUAUAGGAAUAAGAAUGAGAAGUUAAUAUAUAUUUUUAGUUAAAUAAAAUUAACAUUUCCAACCAA